CCUCCCUUUUAAUACUCUCCUCCGCCCUGAGCCUCCCUGGUCAGUAGCUCCGAGAAAUUGAGUCAUGGCGCAGUCUCUGGAGCUACUGCUUAUACAAUUCUUGAUGCCUGACAAUGAUGCUCGGCGUCAGGCUGAGGACCAAAUUAAGCGACUUUCUAAGGAUCCUCAAGUGGUUCCGGCUUUGGUUCAGCAUCUCCGCACUGCCAAGACCCCCAAUGUCCGCCAACUCGCCGCCGUGCUGCUUCGCAAGAAGAUCACCGGUCAUUGGGCCAAGCUCUCUCCCCAGCUUAAACAGCUUGUUAAGCAGUCCCUUAUUGAGAGCAUUACAAUGGAGCACAGUCCUCCUGUAAGGAAAGCAAGUGCUAAUGUAGUGAGUAUUGUAGCAAAGUACGCUGUUCCAGCUGGUGAGUGGCCUGAUUUAUUGCCCUUUCUGUUCCAAUGCAGUCAAAGUGCACAGGAAGACCAUAGAGAAGUGGCAUUGAUUCUUUUCAGUUCUUUAACUGAAACAAUUGGGAACACAUUUCGGCCACGUUUUGCAGAUCUGCAGGCACUUCUACUCAAGUGCUUGCAAGAUGAGACUAGCAACCGUGUUCGAGUUGCUGCACUCAAGGCGGUGGGAUCUUUUCUAGAAUUCACUCAUGAUGGGGAUGAAGUGGUUAAGUUUCGUGAGUUUAUACCCAGCAUCCUGAAUGUAUCACGGCAGUGCCUGGCCUCAGGAGAAGAAGAUGUAGCUAUAAUUGCUUUUGAAAUUUUUGAUGAGCUGAUAGAAUCUCCUGCACCUCUUCUUGGAGAAUCAGUCAAAUCCAUAGUGCAGUUCUCCCUUGAGGUUUGCUCAAGUCAGAAUUUGGAAUCUAACACACGUCAUCAGGCCAUCCAGAUUAUUUCCUGGCUGGCAAAAUACAAGUCUAAUACUUUGAAAAAACAUAAGCUUGUCAUCCCCAUUCUGCAAGUUUUAUGCCCUUUGCUUGCUGAAUCAACAAAUGAGAAUCUAGAUGAUGAUCUUGCACCAGAUCGAGCUGCUGCUGAAGUUAUUGAUACUAUGGCUUUGAACCUCUCAAAGCAUGUUUUUCCACCAGUUUUUGAAUUUGCUUCUGUAAGCUAUCAAAAUGCAAACCCAAAGUUUCGGGAAGCUUCUGUUACUGCUUUAGGUGUUAUUUCAGAAGGUUGUUUGGAGCUUAUGAAAAAUAAGCUCGAACCUGUUCUCCAUAUUGUCCUGGGAGCUCUGAGGGAUCCUGAACAGAUGGUGAGAGGGGCAGCUUCAUUUGCUUUGGGUCAGUUUGCUGAGCACUUGCAGCCUGAAAUUGUAUCCCAUUAUGAAAGUGUUCUUCCUUGCAUCUUGAAUGCCCUUGAGGAUGCAUCUGAUGAAGUAAAGGAGAAAUCAUAUUAUGCUUUGGCUGCAUUUUGUGAGAACAUGGGUGAGGAAAUCCUUCCUUUUCUAGAUCCUUUGAUGGGAAGACUGUUGGGAGCUCUUCAAAAUAGUUCUCGAAAUUUGCAGGAGACAUGCAUGUCUGCAAUUGGUUCCAUUGCAUCUGCUGCUGAGCAAGCAUUCAUUCCUUAUGCUGAAAGGGUUUUAGAGUUGAUGAAAAACUUCAUGGUUUUGACUAAUGAUGAAGAUCUUUGUGCACGUGCAAGAGCUACUGAGCUGGUUGGAAUUGUUGCAAUGUCUGUAGGGAAAAUGAGAAUGGAAGCCAUAUUACCUGCUUAUAUAGAAGCUGCAAUAUCUGGUUUUGGACUUGAGUUCAGUGAGCUUAGGGAAUACACCCAUGGGUUUUUCAGUAAUGUCGCAGAGAUUUUGGAUGACAGUUUUGCACAGUAUCUUCCUCACGUUGUGCCUCUUGCAUUCUCUUCCUGCAAUUUGGAUGAUGGCUCGGCAGUGGACAUUGAUGAUUCUGAUGAUGAGAAUGCCAAUGGAUUUGGAGGAGUUUCAUCUGAUGAUGAAGCUCAUGAUGAGCCAAGAGUUCGAAACAUAAGUAUUAGAACUGGAGUUUUAGAUGAAAAGGCAGCUGCAACUCAAGCCCUUGGCCUAUUUGCACAUCAUUCAAAAAGUGCUUAUGCUCCUUACUUGGAGGAGACGCUAAGAAUCUUGGUGAAACACUCUGGCUAUUUUCACGAAGAUGUUAGACUUCAGGCAGUCAUUGCUUUAAAAUAUAUUUUGACUGCUGCACAUGCAAUCUUCCAAAGUCAAAAUGAAGGAGCAGCAAAAGCAAAAGAAGUUCUUGAUGCUGUGAUGAAUAUUUACAUCAAGGCUAUGAUUGAAGAUGAUGAUAAAGAAGUGGUUUCUCAAGCCUGCACGAGCAUAGCUGAUAUAAUUAGAGAUUAUGGUUAUUCAACUCUUGAGCCUUACUUGCCCCAGCUUGUUGAAGCAACUUUGUUGUUGCUUCGGGAAGAAUCUGCUUGUCAGACAGUAGAAUCUGACAGUGAAAUUGAUGAUGAUGAUAGUGAGCAUGAUGAAGUGCUUAUGGAUGCAGUUUCUGAUCUUUUGCCUGCAUUUGCAAAGUCCAUGGGUUCUCAAUUUGCUCCCAUCUUUGCUCAGCUCUUUGAACCUUUAAUGAAAUUUGCUAAAGCUUCCCGUCCACCUCAAGAUAGAACCAUGGUAGUUGCUUGCCUGGCUGAAGUGGCUCAAAACAUGGGUUCUCCUAUUGCAGGAUAUGUGGAUCGAGUGAUGCCCUUGGUACUCAAAGAACUAGUGUCAUCUGAGGCUACAAACAGAAGAAAUGGCUUUUGUGUUGGAGAGUUAUGCAAAAAUGGUGGUGAUUUAGCUGUGAAAUACUAUGACAAUAUAUUGCGCGGCCUUCAUCCCUUGUUUGGUGAAUCUGAGCCGGAUGAUGCAGUGAGGGAUAAUGCAGCUGGUGCUGUGGCAAGGAUGAUAAUGGUGCACCCUGAAUCUAUACCAUUAAAUCAGGUUCUUCCUGUUUUCUUGAGAGUUCUUCCUUUGAAAGAAGAUCAUGAGGAGUCUAUGGCGGUCUAUAGUUGCGUCUCUACUCUUGUAUUAUCAUCCAAUCCUCAGAUCCUCUCCCUAGUACCUGAGUUGGUUAACCUUUUUGCUCAAGUAGUGGCUUCGCCAGUUGAGACUUCUGAAGUCAAAACUUUAAUAGGCAGAGCAUUUUCUCAUCUGAUUUCUUUAUACGGCCAUCAAAUGCAACCGCUUCUAAGCAAUCUUCCACCUGCACAUGCAAAUGCAUUAUCAGAUUUCUUCCCGAGGAGUUGACAUGGCAAGACAAUGACUCCCCCCCCACCAAGUUUUUCACUUGUUUUACUUACGUGGCAUGUUUUUAAAGGAAUGGUUUUUCUUAUACGUAUACUUCAAACUGAAGCUGUUCGGCCCCGUCAGAGAAUAUCAUUACUUUUACGAGGUUAUCGUUCUGCCUUGUAGCACCUUCUCGAUUUUUAUUGAGAGAAGCCUUUGUUUUUCCCCCUUUGGUUUAAAUAUUCCUUGUUAUAUUGUUUAUUUUUCUAGUUAAUAUUUAUUAAUUCAUCUUUCAAGAUUAUUCAUUUUUAUUGGUUUGUAGGGAGGGGGUGAGAGUUAUGCCAUUGCGAUUUAUGUUUCAUUGGUCUAAAACUUUUUUCUCUCGAGUAUAAUAGUUGAUGUAAUGACUAAUGCCCCAGUUUGGCGUCUACAAUUUCUUUUUCUUUCUUUCUUUUUUUUAAUGUAUAUCCUUAAGUGAUAAAUUAAUUGAGACGAACUUCACGACA